CGCUUUCGCGGAGUGGCGGCGCAGUAUGAGAAGAAGGUGGUCGAGAGCGAGGCCCGCAAGCAGGCCAUUUCGGAUCUUCAGAGCUUCCAUCGUGCUCUUGAUCGGGCCAUUACAAAGUAUCACGACUUGAAGAUGGACGAGAUUAACAAGAUCAUCAAGGAGCUGUGGCAGAACACGUACCGGGGGCAUGACAUUGACUACAUUGAGAUUGACACCAACUGGGGUGAUGAGACGUCCACCACCUCCAAACGCAAUGCCGUCAACUAUCGGGUUGUUAUGAUCAAGGGCGACACUCGACUGGACAUGCGCAAUCGCUGCAGUGCAGGGCAGCGCGUGAUGGCGUCGCUGAUCAUUCGCCUGGCGCUGGCCGAGGCUUUUUGCAUCAAUUGCGGCGUGAUGACGUUGGACGAGCCGACCACGAAUUUGGAUCGUGAGAACAUUAAUAGUCUUGCAUUUUGCCUUUCCAACAUUGUCAAGCAUCGCUCUCAGCAGCGCAAUUUUCAGCUGUUGAUUAUUACGCACGACGAGCAGUUUCUCGAGCAACUGCACCAAUAUGGCCAGGCCAAGACCUACUAUCGCGUUUUCAAGUCCCCCGAGUACGUACUAGUUCGAUGA